AUGCCUCCAAAGAGAGGCGGUGGUGCUCGUCGGGGUCGUGGGAGUAAUGCCCCAGGUGACCCCAGCCUGGCCGAACAGGUCAAUCUUCUCGACAACUUCCAGCAGAACAUCUACCCAGGUGUUGCUGCCCGUGACAUGAUAAUUGCAGAUCUUCGGGCCAGUAACUGGAAUUUGGACGCUGCAAUUGCAGCAUGGAGGACGAGACGGCAGGCCUUGCUCUCUCAGCAGGCUGAGGGGGAACCACAAGUCCCUGCCAAUAACGCCGUCUCCGAAUCAUCCUCUUCGCCUUCCUCCCCGACUUCCACUGCUUCUCCCCCCUCGACUCCUUCUCCUCCACCACCAAACCGCCCAGUCACAGUGGGUCGUCCAAUUCCUCGUCGCAAUGCAACUUCGGCUCCGGCCAAACUCAUCCUCAGACUUCACAUGAGGAAUUCUCGGCCACCACCACGAGCCAGCCAAGUCACAGCAGCUCAGUCGGCAGUACCAUUCAAUGAGAAUCACGAGCAAGAGCGCCGUGACGCAGCUCUCGCAUUGAGACUGCACAUGGAAGAAUUGAUCGGAGAAGAGGGCCUGAUCAGCCCAGCAGAAGCAAUCUUGAUGUUGAAUCGACGUCGUUGGGACCUCACCCAGACAGCAAAGGAAUUCAGAAAGUUGAUAAAAGCUUCGCGUCGAGAGACAACCCUUCUUCGUCUAGCACGAACCUAUGACCAGAUGAGAACUCCACUUCAACAAGAAGUGGCACCUCCACAACAAGGAACCAUCUCAAUGCAGCAGAGCGAGCGUCUGGCUGAACUUCUCAACAUCACGGGCCGCAACGACUGGCAUUCUCUACGAGUUUGCCUCCAAAGCCACAACUGGAAUCUUGUCGCUGCUGUCUCACAGUGGUUCACUCAGGGCAUCCCACCAGUCCAGGCACCGAGCUCUGUAGAACACGGAGGUGUCAGACUGAAUACCAAUCUGCACCAGCUACCAAUGCCCACAUGGGAUGACACAAGAUCGGCAUCAAGCCUUGAAGGCUGGGCCAUUGAGCCAGAAGAAUUCGCCAAACCCGGCGAAGCAGACAGUGACAGCUCGUCAGAAGAGGGAACUGGGCUCAUCAAGCAGGACAGAAAGCGACUCCCUGGCUUUCUGAUCAAUGCAAGCAGAGCAACAGCAAAGAAGGGAAUGAGAAACAACAGUCUGUUUCUCAUUGAGUACAUUUCUCGCGGCAGAUACUGGUACAACCGGUUCGAGCAACAAGCGAAUCUCAAAUGGCCUGGCGUUGGAUUCCCAACAGCCCCCCACGGCCAGAACCCAAAGCCAGACCAAUCAAAGCUGGUAGAGUUCGACUGGACGAAUCAACGCCAUGUCGACUGGCUCAACAACUGGAGAAGACAGAACUGCGACCGAGUGACCGGUCUGAAGAAGCGGGCGGAAGCCCAGAAGUGGUCAGAAGAAGAGCUGCAAUUCUUGUACGACUUGUCGGCAGAGCUCUUGGACAAGAAGAAGAAGGAGUCCCCACACCUUCCCGAAGACCACUUCCUUCCCUUGAGAUUCGACAAAGACAUCAAGGAAGAUUGGCGAGUCCGCUUCAACAACAGAUUCCGUGGCACAGUCCAGCCAGGAUGCAGCCAGCCUCGACUUGAUCGCGAGCAGAGCGCCAUCAUGACACAGCGAGCUCGAACCAGAGCAAUCGUUGACCGAUUCAGAGUCAAAGCAGACGUCGACUACUUCAAGAAGAUCGACGCAGCCAAGAAAGCCCGAGAAGAUGCAGCAGCUGAAGCUCGUGGUGAGAAGCGAUCUCGAGAACAUGAAGACGACAACUCUGACGAUGGUGUCCUGGAAACCGACUCUGAGGAUGAGGACAGUCAUAAGGACAAGCGAGCCAGGACUGGCGAGGAUGAGGACAAGGAGUAG